AGAUUGCUUGAACAUCAUCACUAACAGUUCUCUUUCAACGUUUACAGACAGUUGUCAUCCACGAAAAUUGUUUGACUUUCAAUCUUAUCAACGAAUCAACGUAUCAACGUGAAAGAAAAGAUUCAGCGAUAAUGAAGACGACAGUUAUCAUCUUGUCCAUGAUUGUUGCAAUCACGGCAGAAAAUUUACCCAAUGGCUUCAAAGUUUGUAAGCUAUCGGAUCCGGAUAUCGAAAAAUGUAUCUCCGAGGCUUUUAAAAUAGCAUUGAAUGUUUUAGCUAACGGUGACAGUGCAUUGAAAAUUUUACCUAUCGAUCCGCUGGCAAUCGAUUACAUGCGUAUUAAUAGUUCCGGUCCGGUAUCGGUAACACAAGAAUAUCGGAAUAUGAAGAUUUAUGGAAUGACGAAAAAUAUGCAAGUCUUCAUAAAGAGUUUUGACGUAAAUACAUUCGCGAUCAAUAUCGUGGCUGUUUUUCCUCAAUUGAACGUAACUAGUGACUACGAAAUGAAUGGCAGAAUUUUACUGUUGCCAAUUCAAGGAAAAGGCAAAUGCAGAGCAACGUAUUAUAACAUGACAGUUACAUUCGAUGUAGAGUACGACAAGUAUGAAAGAGAUGGAGAAACUUAUCUCAAGAUCAAGAAAUUUAUUUUUCACAUCAAUGACAUCAACGAUCUGAAAGGAUAUUUCGAAAAUCUCUUCGGCAAGGAUUACAGUUUAGGUGAAGAGAUGAACAGAUUAUUAAACGAAAACUCCAAAAUGAUCUUCAAUGAAAUUAAACCGGCUCUCGAAGAGGUCUUUAAACAGGUUAUCACUGGAAUCGGUGUUAAAAUUUAUUCCAACGUACCACUAAAGAAAAUCUAUCCACCCGAGUAAGCAAUGACCAACUUUGCCGUCACGAAAAGAUUAACAUUUAACCGCCAUAUGCGCAUGUAUAUGCGCCUUUACGUUCUUAUCCAUAGUCGUUUUGUUCGAAUAAUUGAAGUUGCUUUCUGGUCAAUACAAUAAUAUUUCGAUCCAACAGCACUAAUAAUGAUCCCGAUCUCACCUAUUCUCGCACGAAACGAUUUCAAUUUCUUUUCUAUGUUCGGAAGAUCGAUUUGCACUUGGCUCCAAUUUCAAAAGAUACGAAGGUAAACUGUGCUUAUGAUUUUCGAAAAUUUUUAUUAAAAUUUCAGUUAACUUAACAAAAAAUAUUAUGAAAGCCUAACCUCAGUUCCAAAAUCAAUGUAGAAGACAGUAAUCUGAUAAAACGAACUAAAUUAAAGUCCUAAACAGAAACCAGUGCAUUAGGGACUGAGAAUUAUUUAAUUUUGACAUCAAAUUUAUAUUUCUUGACAACGAAAACAUAAAAUGACUGACUUUUUAAAUUGAAUAAUAUAUUUUUAACUGAGAAGUGAGUUCUUUCUGACGCAGUUGUGCGCGCUUGCCACUUAUGGCACGAACAUUGGCACAUGCUACUGCGCGUAAGCACUGAUGGACUCACACUCUAGACCUCUGGCUUGUGAGUCAAUCUUAGAAUUACAUCACUUUGUCAAUUUAUAUAAACAUCUUUCGUAUUAUCUAUACAGAGUGUCUGAAACUUUUUGGCCAAGUACUAUAUACGAGGUGUGAUGGUGUCUCACUUAUAUGCAGAGCAGUAUGCCGAGUUACUGCUGGGGCACGCGUAAGAGAAUAAGAACGCACCGCGCAACUCGUCUCGAUCGUACGUACUCUUUCAUGUGCACCCCUGCAGCGGCAAAACGGCAUACUGAUUUACAUGUAAGUGUCGGACCGAAAUUUUGGUUUCAGUUUCGGCUACGGCAAUUGUCGGUCAAAUAUAAGGAUAUCGGUGUAGUUAAUUUAUAUAAUCAUAAUCAUAAGUUUCCAAAGAAUGCUGUUUAAUUAUUUGUAUUAGUACUUUUCGAUAUAUCAAAUAUACAAAUGUUAUCAUAAGGGUGUGGGAGUUUAUAAUUACAUGUUUCCAAAAAUUC